GCGCAGGUUUGGAACUCCAACGCCGCAGCGUGUUAACACAAACGAGUGGUGGCGGUGCUGCCGUCGGAUUCGACGAGGAGCGGGAGAGGAAAGCUUACUAUAGUGGACUAUGGUCAUGACGAAGUUGCAAUGUCUCCUGAGCCUGAGGAAGGACAGAUAGGAGGCAGUGUUCGAGUCAUGUAUGGGGACCAGCUUAAUUUGACCAAUGGUGAUUUGCUAGAUAGAACACCAUCUGGAGCAGUCCACGUUAUGACACCUAGCAAUCAAGCAAACACUCCUCAAUUAUCUGAGCAGUUGAAAUCUGAUACAAUGAAUGAUGAUGCCAUGAUUGGACCUGAUGAUGCAGAACCUGUAGAAGCAGGUCAAGAUGAGCAAAAAGCUGAAGACCCAUUGAAUAAAUUUCUCCCUCCUCCACCAAAAGCAAAAUGCUCAGAGGAACUGCAAAGAAAAAUAAAUAAGUUCUUCGAGUAUAAGAAGGCUGGAAAAAGUUUUAAUGCCGAAGUUCGCAACAGAAAGAACUAUCGAAAUCCUGACUUCUUAUUGCAUGCAGUGAGGUAUCAAGAAAUUGACCAAAUAGGAUCUUGCUUCAGUAAAGAUGUAUUUGACCCUCAUGGAUAUGAUUCAAGCGACUUCUAUGAUGAAAUUGAGGCUGAUAUGAGGCGUGAAAGUGAAAGGAAAGAACAUGAGAAGAAGAAAGCACAGAAGAUGGAAUUUAUCGCUGGGGGAACACAACCGGGAAUCGUAGCAGCAGGUGCUCCCAGAAUCAGCUUGCCUGUUGCAGGUGGUUCUGCUGUGGCUGCAAGUGGUUUGGUGCCACCUAUAGCUGACUCUAUUAAUCGGGAUGGUAGACAGAACAAAAAAUCAAAAUGGGAUAAGGUGGAUGGUGAUCGAAAAAAUCCUCUGCCCUCUGUGGGGCAGGAUUCUGUAUCUACUGUUGGGGCUCAUGCAGCAAUUCUAUCUGCUGUUAAUGCUGGCAGUGGGUACAUGCUAUUUGUAGGAGAGAGGAGGUGGGACUAGAAUAGAUGACAUAUGAAAGCUAACGAGAGAGAUCCACAAAACUAACAAGAGAUGACAACAUGCGAUUGAUACAGUGACGGUGUUUUUGUUGGGCAGGCAGCAAAAACGGCGAGAGGCAGAGGUGAAAAGAGCUACUGAAAAAAGGUCGGAGAUAAGAUGGUGAACCAUCCAUUUUACUAAGACUGUGUAUAACUAAAAGUUGUGGGGUGAA